CGAGCUCGCUCCACCUCUCAGCCGUCGCGCCCACCGCCGCACGGAACCGCACGGCCGCAUCCAUAUCCAUGGACGGGGCGCCGGCGGCCGCGUGGCGCGGCACGGUGCGCGCCGUGGCGUCGGGGCCGGCGCCCGGCGCGGCGUGGGCGCUGCUGGGGGACUUCUUCUCCCUGGACCGGUGGGUCUCCACGGUGCGGACGUGCCGGCGCGUGGAGGGGGACGAGGUGGGGCGCGUGCGCUACUGCGAGGGGCCCGUGAACAUGGCCGCGGCGCCUGGGGAGGCCGCCGUGGUGGGGUGGUCCAAGGAGCGGCUCCUGGAGGUGGACCACGCGGGGCGGCGGUACAGCUACGAGGUAGUGGAGAGCAACAAGGGGUUCGGCAGGUACCGCGCCACCAUGCGGGUGGAGGACGACCCGGCCGGGUGCGCCGUCGCGUGGUCGUUCGAGGCCGACCCCGUGGAAGGGUGGACGCAGGAGGGGUUCGUCGGGUUCCUGGAGGAGCUCGCGCGUGGCGUCGCCCGCCGGCUCGAGGAGGAGAUCAACGUGGCGAAGCCCGAUGGGGUGUAGUUCAGUCUUGUAGCAGUGGGUGUUCUACUGUUUUCACAGGGUAUUGUGUUGGGAUCGCCGUUCUUGCAGCUUUGGUUUGACACGGAGACCUGAAUCAAAUGAGUACCAGAUUGGCACACAAUGAGAAGUAAUGGUUUUCUUUUCCCGUGUUAAGGACAGUACCAUACGAUUUAUCUCAGUUUA